AGUAACAACACAACACAACUCUUGAAGUUUUGAUCUUUUCUUCAAAACUCAACCACCCAAUAAGCUAGUACUCCUACUAGUAGUAACCAAUUCCAAAGGGUACUUUGCUUUGCUUCACUACUCAUUCUCUCUCUUUCACUCUUUCUUUCUUUCCCUUUUUUCCUGCCUUAGAUCUUGCACUACCUUGUAAUUUUCUUCAAACUCAUAUCACACUUUUUCUUCUUUUCCUUUCUUAUCUCAAUGGAAAAACACCAAACUCAAGAACUCAAACACUCUUGCAAAUUCUGCACCAAAACCUUCCCUUGUGGUAGAUCCUUAGGAGGUCACAUGAGGUCUCAUAUAAACAACUUAUCAUCAUCAUCUGAAAAAACAGAACUCAAACAAAAGCUUGAUCCAAUCAACAACAACGGUUGCAUUGGUUCCGAAACAAACGGUAGCUAUGGUUUAAGAGAGAAUCCAAAGAAAACAUGGAGAAAGAGAAUUGCAGAUUCAGGUGAAGAGCGUUUGGUUUAUGAUAAGUUCUGCAAAGAGUGUGGAAAAUGUUUUCAGUCUUGGAAAGCUUUGUUUGGUCACAUGAAGUGUCAUUCGGAGAAAGAAAGAGUUUGCAACAGCUUGGAGGAUCAAGAUUCUGGGACGAAUAACACGAAAGAUGUUCAAUCGGAUAACGAAAUCACUGCGCCGAGUAGGAAAAGAAGAUCAAAGAGAACAAGAACAAGGUAUAAUAGCAUAGUAGCUGCUGCUGCUGCAACUGUAACAGCAAGAACUUGUUCUUCUGUUUCUGAAGUUGAACAAGAGCAAGAAGAAGUUGCUAUGAGCUUGAUUAUGCUUAGUAAAGAUGCUAGUCCUUGGAGUGGUCUUGCUGAAUCUUCGGAUAACAAUUCUGUUUACAUCGAACAUCAUCGAUCUUCUGUUCGAACUAAUCUUGUUACUAAAUUCAAUGCCAGCAACAAGAAUCUCACUACUGCUACUGCUAGUACUAGUACUAUGAAUAUCGCGAAGUUGAUGAAGCAAAAGAGUUUCAACUUUAAAGGGAAGAGUUCCGAAAUUUUGGAUACUGAAAAAGGAUUCAAGAUCAAGGGGGCCAUCAAAUCAACGAAACUCGAGCUUGAUUAUGUGUCAACAAUGGAUGAUUCAGAAGCUGAAAAUGGGAAAAACAUAGUCAAUGGAACAGAAUCAGUUACUAUGAAGAGUUACGGUGAAUUCAUCGGCGAGAGAGGAAAGUUUGAGUGUACUACUUGCAACAAAAUCUUUCAUUCAUAUCAAGCACUUGGAGGCCAUAGAGCGAGUCAUAAAAAGAACAAAGGGUGUUUUGCUUCAAAGAUGGACAACAAUGAGUUUGAAAAUGAUCUAUCUCAAGAACCAACAACCGAAAGCAAGAUCAUGAAGAUUAUUCAUAGUCAUAACAGCAAUGAACAUGUUCAAAACAUGAAGAUCAAAGGUCAUCAUGAGUGUCCAAUUUGCUUCAAGGUUUUUCAAUCUGGUCAAGCUUUAGGUGGACAUAAGAGAUCUCAUAUGGUUGUUCCUUCUUCUGGUGGGGGUUCUGAGAUUAGAGUUCCGCAGAUUAGGGACUUUCUUGAUCUUAAUCUUCCUGCUGAUGCUACUGAAGAAGGAAGUAGCAGUCAUGCUGAUUCUAACAGACCUUGGUGGAUAGUUGAAAGUAACCAUAAACAAGAGGCACUUGUAGGGUAGAGACUACUCAUAAACUUCUUAGCGUGUGUUUGGUAACCCGUUUUGGAAGGUAUUUCUCGCGUUCUUAUACAAAGAAAACGCGAUAAAGUAAGAAGCUUCAAUUAAGAGCAUUGGCCAGAGGCGCGUCUUUCGGCCUCUUGGAGGCGGAAACAAACAUAGGCUUAGUUUAUUUCAUAAUCAUUGGUUCAACUUCAGAGUGAAGAUUUUAACUGUAUAGAAAUAGUUCUGCAUUUAUUUCAUUCAUUCUUUACAUGAUUCAUGUAAUUCUCCAAGGUAUUUUUGUAUUUUUCUCAUUUUAGUUUUUUUUUUCUAGUAAGUGAAAUGAACUUUCCUCUUUGUUUUCUUUUUUUGUUUUUGGGAUACUUCAUGUUCUAUUGAUAUUGAUACUUUGUUCAUAAGUUGUGCAAAGUUUAAUGCCAUCAUUUUGCUUCUUUUCGAGACUUUUAUAAAUACGAUCAUAUGGAUAAGAUGAUAAGAAAUUUCUUUUUAUUUUACUUGA